AUGCACCCAGGCGGUUCUUCCAUUAGCAUGCCUGCAUUCCACAAUGUCCCUACUUGCAGACUGGUUCCUGCGCCACUCGGCGGUCAUGUGUUUGCUGCUGCACAGCCUGGUGCUAAUGACCUUCUGCUUCCACCAUGCGGCCACAAGUUGCUCCGAGAGAUGCUACUGCUCAGAGAAUGAGAGCAGUGGCAAGACAGUGCGCUGCAGCAAUCUACAGCUCACAGAAAUCCCUGAAGACAUCCCCAACGACACACAACGCAUCUACCUGGACUUCAACCUCUUCACUAAAGUCCCAACAAAUGCUUUUGUAGGUUUGCCCCAUUUGGUUGAACUGGAUCUAUCACACAAUGAAUUAAGCCAGUUAGAACCGGGGGCGUUCCGCGGUCUGGGCUCCUCGCUACAGCUCCUGGACCUUUCUUUUAACAAGCUGGUCAACUUUAACCCUGAGGCCUUUGAGGGCCUGCAUGCUCGCGCCAACCUAACAAACAAUCCAUGGCACUGUGACUGCAACUUGCAGAUGGCCAUGUCCUAUGUGGACCUGGAGCCUGCCUCGCUCAAGGGCAUUGUGUGCCAGACUUCAGAUCCUAAGGAAAUAGGAGUUCAAGGACUUGCUUUUUUGUUGGCAGCAGACACAGACUUAUGUGUGAUGAUGAAGAGAACUACAGAUGUGGUCAUGCUGGUCGUCAUGUUCGGCUGGUUCACCAUGGUCAUCUCGUACUUGGUGUACUAUGUCAGGGUUAAUCAGGAGGAUGCCCGCAAACAUCUGGAGUAUCUUAAGUCAUUGCCCAGCAAACAGAGCAAGUCAGAGGAGUCUUCCACUGUGAGUACUCUGGUAUAGGGCUGAUGGAGCUACUCAUGGGACCUGAAUGUAACAACCUGCGACUACACUGGCAUCGUCAGUUACAGACAGUUUUGCCCAGCUGUUGUCACAGAGUAAAGGUGGGCAACAAGACAUGUCUGCACAAAAAUACGAAGCCCGUGCAACCUAGUCCACAUGAAUAAUUCAUCUUUCAGCGGUCCAUUAUGAGCUUUUCUUGGCUGAGUUGAUGGUUUGUUUAGUCUGUGCACUAACUGAAUAAAAGCAGUGGCAUGUUUAUGACUAACUCCAGAUACGGGGUCCAAAUGGGAUCUAUCCAGUGGUGCAUGCACUUUGAUGUGCCUCUUUCACACAUAGACUAUUCAGGAAACAGUGUUAACAGCCUCAGUAACAGUGGUAAAAGCAACAAUAUAAUAAUGACAAACUUAGCAUAACUGCUUUCUAUUUAAAUCCUUACAGUAUUUACCAAUAUAUAACAAGGGAAAUUAGAGCUUCCAUUAAAUUGUUGCUUUUGGGUUUCUCUUACUAAACUCACUCAACUGUCUCACAAAAAUAAAAAAGUCUCACAAAAAAUAAAUACAGUAUUUAGUGUCUGAAUUUCUUCAAUCUUUAGCAAAUGCAUUUACAGCUCAUUAUGCUGAUGUAUCAGAUCACUGCAUGGUGAAGAACUCAUCAGUUAUUCAGUGAUGCUACAGUAUUGAUCACAUUAGAAGCAUUUUACCAGGAAAACCUCCCCAUUAUAGUGGGACCCUAAAUGACAGCACAGCAGUACCGUACACUGUACAUAAAGAUGUACUCCCUUUCUUUUAAUUUGCCAGUGUUCUUAUAUGUUUGUCUAUGUCAACCCAUAUUGUUAAAGUUAUAAAUGUAGGGACUUAGGAUGCUGUGGCCUUGUGAGGAAGGAAGAUACCAAAAUUGUCCAACUUUGAUCAUUCCUGUUAGCUACUGUAUAUGAUGGAAGCAAAGUUUAGGUUAAAACAUGUAAUGCCUACCUGAUACCAGAAGAACACUGCAACUGUGGAAUUAAUCCUCAGAAUAUGCUAAUGUUGACAUGCUAAUCCUUAGUCCCAAUGAUCCUAUAAGCAAGUCAUAUAAUUGUGAGAAAAGGUUGAUUUGAAAAGCAGAGAUUUAGAGGUUACUGUAGUUCAGCUGUCAUGAAACCAGACUGUUGGAGCAAAACAAGAACAUUUUUUCCAAUUCUGGUUGGAAAAGCCCUUCAGUAAACACUGACUAUGCUACUUCACUGAGCACUUCAUGAUCAUACCUGGUUAUCUAGACACAACCUCUGCUUCUCUGCUGUUUUUCAUUGUCUCUCAGCACCCAGGGUGGCGCUGAGAGCCACAUUGUCUGAUGUGGUCACUCCCAUGGGGUUUUCCAAAUACCAUUAUGAGACCAGGACUUGCUGGUCCAUUUAAAAGAGCUGAUAAAAUCAUCAGUGUAGAGUCAGACCACAAAAAUGGAAGUGUAUUUGAGUAGAGAUGUAAUUUAAUCAACUCCAGGAUGUGCUCUAAGAUGUGCUAUUUUCCACAGAGCAAGGUAAGAAUAACCCAGUAAAGUCUUGAAUAAUGAAAUUUGAUGUUUAAGAUGUGGGAAAUGGUUUGUCAACAAGGGUUUCCCUGUGUCUGACACACAAAUGCCUCGAGAGCAGAGCAAGAUCAAUAAAAGAUUUAUGAUGGGCAUAAAAUACACUUGAGCAGAAAGUCUACACCCAUCAUCUUGUGUGACUCACUUCUUGAGGAGAAGUUAAGGGAGAGUGCCACAGAGGAUCGGCUUCCCCCCUCUCAGCUGCCUGGCUCACCUUUGCUUGGAAAAAAGGACUUUCCAAAUGCUUUUGGGCUGCUCAGUGAAGUUUGUGAGGAUUCACCGAGGCAGCCAAAAUCAGGUCUACCUCAUCCUCAUACCUUUUUUGUGGUACUGUCCCAUUCUGAUUUCCAUGUGUCAUAGUUUAUAUUACCAGACUGAAUUUGUUUUACAGAAAAUAUUGGUAUUGAUCUGAUCUUGACAUCUUAAGGAAGCCCAGGUACAGCCUCCAGUGAUGAGCAGGAGGUUCAACAGCACUGAAAAAUAGAUGGUAAGCCUUCCUCACUGACAUUUCCUACCAUACACACACACAAUCAGCUCUCUCCUUCCUUCUUUCCUCUGAUACCAGGCUCUCACGGUGGCUUUGAAACCAGCCAUUGUUAAGGGAAUCUCACCAGGGAAUCUCGCCACUGGAGGAGAUAAAUGUAAAACUAGUAACAGACAUGUUUGCUGUUGUGCUUCCUUCAGCUAAUGUGUUUCAGUGUGUACAAUCCUUUGUUCACCUGUAUGUACAACAGGUGUGUGUGCAUGCUAGGAGUAAGGGUACUGGUAAUGUAACACCUCUGUUCCUCAGCACACAUGAAUGUCGCUGAGGUUAAUUUAAAUUUCAGGGCAGCUCAGCUUGCCCCGCCUGCUACCUUAGACACAAUACACUGGUGUGAGCAUUACAACUGCUGGGUAAUGGGACACAAAGUGGGGGAUAAGGUGACACAUCCAAUCCCACAGAGCGCAGCCAUGUAUAGAGUUGGGUUGCAGCUGGAAAUGUCUGCAGUCGCUGAGAUCACAUGGAGUCUUCCAGUGAGGGACUGUGCGGGCACCUGUUGAUUUCCUCUUUUAGCCAAAAGGUACAUCACAUCUAAGAUGCUGCAUCUAAAGACAACAACAAGGAUGCCCUUUGGGUGAGUGUCAUUAUUCUGAAAUGUCUCCUUUUUGUUGUUGUUAUUCUCUAGGGGGUGAUUCAAAUAGGAAAGACAGAUCACAACAGCUGUCUCAGGACAGAUCACUGUCAAGGUCCCAGUUUAAGUUUUGUGUUUUAGCUCCCCCUGUCACAGAAAGCAUUUUCCUAAUUUAUUGGGUUUAAUUCUAAUUUCCCUUAAGUAAUGAAUAUCAGUCAGAGUUGGAUACACACACACACUACACACUUUCACAUACACAACUUAAUACCCUCAAUUAAUAAUCCCUUUGCCUCUUUCGUUAAUGUCUGUUUGCUCAUGAACUAUGUUAUGUGCUUUGUCCUAUAAAUGUGUUAUUUUGUGUUGCAAAAAAAAAAAUAAAGUAAAAAAGAUCGAGAAUAAUAAAAAAAAAGAAAGCAUGUAAGUGUGGGGUAAAUAAAUGCCUUCAUGUUUUCACAUUACGAUUAACAUCAGCAGCAAAGCACACUACACACAGGAAACAUACAGAACCAAAAACACAGAGGGCAGCAGCAAACAGUAGUUUCAAACAUCUGUUCACAGCAGGGCUGCAUUAAGCCAGUAAUGGGCCCUGGGGGAAAAAUUAGGCUCCCAUACACUUGUUCCUCAAAACCAUUUCACCAGAAAUUCCAUUAACCAACUGGAAUAUGAUCUGCACCGGGUUUGCUCUAAUUCGGUUUGUGAACUCAUUUGUUUAAGAACAUGUAUUACGUAUAUAAGCAUAUGAAACUAAAAUACUAAACUAGAAUUUUCAAGAUAGGAACUCAAGAGUAGGUAUUACUAGGUAACAAUCCAGGAACAAUGAGAGCAAAGAAGGAGCAACACUGAAAAAAGGAUUAUGAAUCCCUCUAUUACUAUACACCCCUCCUUGAACCGCCACCUUAUUGUGGUGGAGGGGUUUGAGUACCCAAGUGAUCCUAG